AUGGAACAAGGUCAUGCCUCAAGUUCGAGUCCAAGUGUAUCAUCAAGUUUAGUUGGAAUGACAUCAACCAAAUGUGCAGAAAAUGUUUCUAAGAGUAGUGAUUUGGAUUGCAUAAUUAUCUCACAAGAAGAUGAUUUGACUGCAAAGAAGGAGGAGCAUCUGGGCAAAAGAAAGAAGCCCCUGAAAUCUGAAGUUUGGAAUCACUUUGAUCGUUUUGAAAGCGACACAAAAGGUACUAAAAAAGUUGAUGCUAUUUGCAAGUAUUGCCACACUCGUUUUAACGGUGCAAGUGACCAAGGAACAACCCACUUAAAAAAUCACACCAAAACCUGUCGAAUGAAAUUAGUAAAAGUUCCAGUGUCGCAAAUGUCGUUAGGAAAACAGGUCAGUAGUGAGAAUUCUGGGCCAAAAUUAGGGGUACAUAAGUUUGAUCAUGCUGUUGAGAGGGCUUUAUUUUCUAAAAUGAUUGCCAAACAUGAUAUGCCUUUUCUAAUGGCAGAAUAUGAUUAUUUUCGUCUUUGGAUAUCCUAUGUGAUGCCUUCUUAUAAACAUCGGUCUAGAAAUACUAUAAAAUCUGACUUGUUGGAUGUUUGUCACUAUAUUGAUGAUAAUUGGGAACUACACAAGCGUGUUAUAUCUUUUCGUGUUGUUCCUUAUCCUCAUGGUGGUGUAAAUUUAAGUGCGUGGUUAAAAGAGAGAAUCUUAGAGUGGAAUAUUGAUAACAAGUUGUCCUCAAUUGUUGUUGAUAAUGCUUCUAAUAAUUCAGGGAUGCUUUUAGGAAUUAAAAAUUGGUUAAAUGGUAAAAGAGACCGCAAAAUACAUCGGAUCAUCAGCCAAAGAGAUGAGAAGUUUACUAUUGCUUUGUCUCAAACCAAACUUAACACUAGGAGACGAAUCCCUAGUCAUGUUGAUACUCGUUGGAACUCAACUUAUGACAUGAUUGUGGCAUCACUUGAACUCCGACCAGCCAUUGAUCGUCUAAAAGAAUUAGACCCUGAAUUUAAAUGUUUGCCUUCGGAACUAGAGUGGGAAAAUGGAAAUAAGAUUCGUAGAAGUAUUAAAAUCUGGGCUGAAUCUAGUGAUGAUUGGAUUAGUGCAAUGGGUAAUAAAAUGCAACUUAAAUUUGAUAAGUAUUGGGAAGAAUGCAACAAGUUGUUGGCCGUAGCUGUUGUUCUUGAUCCUAGAUAUAAAAUGGCUAUUGUUUCUUAUGCUUACAAGGGUAUAUAUGAUAUCCAUGCUGACUUUUAUGUUGAAGAAAUGCGUGAGUUCUUAGUUCAGAUUUUCAAUGAAUAUUCUAUAAAAUUUGGAAGUAAUAAAGGUUAUGGAGAAGGUUCUGCUAGUGCAAGUCUUAGUAGUGCAAGCUCAGUUGGUGGAGAAUGGUUGGGAGGUUUUCAGGAUUUCAUUGCAAGUAGUAAUUUGAGGGAAAAUACAAGAAAAAGUGAGGUGGAUGAAUAUUUAAAAGAAGGGCUGUUUCCGAUGGAUAAAGAAGCGGACUUUGACAUUCUUCGUUGGUGGAAGCUUAAUGGGCCUAAAUUUCCUAUCCUUGCACGGAUGGCUCAAGAUAUUUUAGCUAUUCCUACUUCUUCCGUUGCAUCAGAAAAUUCUUUUAGUAAGUGCCGUAAAAUUAUAACGGACACUCGUUCUUCUCUAAAUGAUGACUCCGUUGAAACUUUAAUGUGUGUCAAAGAUUGGCUUCCGGACAUUAAGAAUGGUCAAUCUGGAAGAACUUCUGAGGAGGGUGCAUCGCAGGCCUGCGAUAUCAGCUCUGAUGACUGGGACAUUGAAUGGGAUAUGGACUUCUAA